AAAGGAUCACUUAGACGCCAGGCCCAGAGCCCCACCUUAGGGCACACACUUAUUUUUUUAUUUCUCCCCAUUCAGAGCAUUGUUUCUAAGCAACAGAAGAAAACUUCAGCUUUGUGCGAAGCAGCAGCCUAGAUUCCUUCAGCUGCAGCAGAGGCAAAGGAGGAACAACAGCAUCAAGAGUGAAUUCCAUCAUAAAACUACCAGGAAAUAGAGCGGUUCCAAAGGCCCGAUCGUUUUAAUAACCAUUGUACAAGACAGAGAGUCUGACGCAGGCUGGAUCUUAGUACACCGUCUGGAUUGCGGCAGCCUCCCCACCAACUAGAACACUCCCCCCCCCAUCCAUGGAAAGGAAACGCCUAAAAAAAGAGAUUGAAAAACUCUUGGGAGAUUAUGUUGGCAUCAGACUUCGGGAAAAUGAAUUCGACCCGAAAGGAAGACAGCAGCCCACCUUUCUCGAUGAUAUGGCUCAUUACGACUUGGCCAUCAAUGUUGCUUUACUGUGGCUGAAUGAUUCAGAAGCCCAAAGUCCUUUGGCAGGAGGGAAAAGGAAUUUGCCACUUCACAGCCGAUACGUCUAUCCCAACCGAACUGAGAGAGAAGCCAUGAUUUUAUCAUUUUAUGCCGGGACCUUAAUGAACAGCAUCCCCAUUGAAGACGUCUUUGGGAUUUACAGCACGGGCCCCUCGGCAACACGCUGGUACCGCUCUGCCAAAGGUCACCGGAUUCACCCUUUCAACCUCUCUUUGCAUCCUUUUGCCAUGCUGACAGCCCCGAAAGCUGCGGAACAUGCCUGGAAACAGAGUGUCAAGUUUCAAAAGGCAGCAGCAAAUCAACAUGCCACCACCAAUUCAACAAGAACAAAUAAGGACUGCAAGCGAUCAGAAUCUCCAUCAACAGCAAAACAGCCAGACAACAAAAUCACCCUUUUCGAGGAUAGAAACUUCCAGGGCCGCUCCGUUGAGUGCAGCAGCGACCGGCCAGAUUUUCAAAGUCAGCUCAGCCGCUGUAACUCCGUCCGCGUGGAAAGUGGCUGCUUCAUGCUCUAUGAACGUCCCAACUUCCAGGGACAGCAGUUCUUUCUGAAACGGGGGGAUUAUCCUGACAUGCAGUCUGAGGGUUUCAGCACCUCCAUUAAGUCCUGCCGGAUGAUCCCGUCUCACAGGGGCACCUACAGGAUAAAGAUCUAUGAGAAGGAGGAUCACAGAGGCAACAUGGUGGAGUUAACUGAGGACUCUCCGCAAGUCAUGGACCAGCUUCGCUCCCCCGAGAUGCUCUCUUGUUCUGUGCUGGAGGGGUACUGGAUCCUUUACGAAUUGCCGAAUUACAGAGGCCGCCAAUACCUGCUGAGGCCAGGGCAGUACCGGAGAUUCAGCGAAUGGGGCGCUAUGAGUGGCAGAGUUGGCUCUUUGCGACGUGCCACUGAUCUUUACUGA